CAAUCCUUUGGACGUUCUCAGUACGUAGAGCUCUCCUAUCCAGCCGUUUUCGAUAUUAGUUUUUAUUUAUGUAAUUUUAGUUUAACUUAUAACUUGAAUGCUGUGAAUGCGCCAUCACUGGUCGCACAUAAACAAACUGCCAGCGUUGUCGAGGGAGGCGGGAUUUAAAGUGUUACUACUACAGAGUCACAGCUUUGCAUGGCAUAUACUGUAGACGUCGGCGAGACGGAUCCCUCGGGAAAUGUACUCCAUAGUGGAGAUCAAAGGGGUAAAAUGUGGAUAUCGCUGUGGCUACUGUGGGACCGCAGGAGGCAAAGCUUCGUACGGCAUGUGGUCCCAUACUAUGUCGGUGCAGGACUACCAAGAUCUCAUCGACAGAGGCUGGAGAAGAAGUGGCAAAUAUGUUUACAAACCAAUUAUGAAUAAGACAUGCUGUCCACAAUACACCAUCAGGUGCCACGCUUUGAACUUCAAUCCCUCGAAGACUCACAAAAAGACCUUGAAGAAGGUGAACAGGUUCCUCUCCAAAGGAGAGAUGCCGGUAGAGAAUGAAGGACAUGAAGGUUUGUUGGAAGAUAUCAAAGGUCGUCUAAAGCCUCUCUCUUCCAUACUUCAGCGGACAGUGGCUAUAGCUGCAGGAAAAACCCAGUUGUUUUUGUCAGGAGAGCCUAUGGACUCUGUGCACGAAGAGGGUGUUCAGCCACCUCCUCAAGACCCUCUGAAAAUAGACCGCAGCGAAGUACAGGACAUCAGCACCAGCCCAGACACAGACACCGCCAACUCAACUGCACCAACAACGCCCAGAGAUGACGCAGAGAAAACUAACGCUAAUGUUACACCCAAACCAGGUAAGGGAGCCGAUCCCACCAGGCCUUUGUGUCGGAAAGCUAAGGACCUCAGGAAAGAGAGACGACUUCAAAAGGAGCAACAGAAGCAGCAAGAAGCAGCGUCUUCCUCCGUCAAUCCCACCCCGACGAAACCUUCAUCCAGUCAGCCCAAAUCAUUGGAGGAAUUCAUUACCGAGUCGUUACCCAGCGACCCUCUGCACCGUUUAGAGGUGAGGCUAGUGCCGGUCAGCUUUGAGGACCCGGACUUCUCGGCGUCGUACGAGCAGUCAGCAGCGCUGUACACACGCUACCAGAUGACCGUUCACGGCGACGCUCCGUACGAGUGCGGGGAGAGCGAGUUCAAGAGGUUCCUCUGUGACUCUCCUUUAGAGGCUGAGACCACUCCCGACGGCCCUGAUGUGGGCUACGGCUCGUUUCAUCAGCAGUAUUGGUUGGAUGGCAGAAUAGUAGCUGUAGGAGUUGUGGACAUCCUUCCCCCUCCUGUGUGUCGUCCGUGUACCUGUACUACCACCCCGACUUCUCCUCGCUCUCAUUGGGCACCUACUCUGCUCUCAGGGAGAUUGCCUUCACCAGGCAGUUGCAGCAGCAGUCGCCCAAACUGUCCUACUACUAUCUGGGUUUCUACGUCCAUUCAUGUCCCAAGAUGCGCUAUAAGGUACAGUUUGGGUCUGAGAUCAACCCACAGCCUUCAUUUCAGUUCAUCUCUGCACUGAUCAAUAUCUCCUAAC